AUGGCGUUUGACCAACCCUUGGAAGCAGAUAGGGUCGACGAUAACUUUUUGAUUUCGUUGGUGCGCGGCCCUGUUCUGGGUGCUCUCUCUUGGAUCAUGGGCGGUGAGGAUGCUGAUGAUUCCGAGCGGGAAUUGCGGCGCGGUUUGGAAGACAUGAUCAUUGAUGAUGAAGCAGAAGAGGAACGUGUCAACCACAAUGACAACGGGUAUCAUCAUCACCUGGCCAACGACAAACAACAGCAACAACAACCCAAGGCUAAUCUGCCUCGCAUGGUGCAUUCCGAUGUUUCCGUGUCGGAAAUCGCUGGGACAACCAUGGAUCACAACAACAUGAUGAUGAUCAAGAACCACAACUAUCAUCUCCCGAGAUCGGAAAAGAAAAAGAUGAGCUGGUCGGACAAUCUAGUGGAAUACAUGGACGAAGAGAGUGUUCGACACGAGCCUGGGACUGCCGCCGGAAGUUCCUCGGGCAUCGCCAAGCCCAUCAAGUCGGCAAUGACAAGGACUGCGUCCAUUCGAUCCCACUCGUUGGCCGGGGGAUCAUCGUCCGCAUCAUCAUCAUCGUCGUCCGCAGAAGAAAAGGAACGAAAGAUACGAUAUCUUCCCAGUGGCCUGGAUAGAGCACACAAUGGACUCAUCAUGCCCACACGACCGGUCGGGAAUGAUAACAAUGGCAUUGACAGUCCACAAUGGGGUUGGUACGCACUCAAUACCACUCCACCCACGCCAGAGAUGUAUCACAGUCGAUCCAGUCUGCGGCAAUCCCAAAAGACAACCAUGUCCGCCGCAUCCUCUUCGGAGGGAGACAACCCGGCCAUUCGAGGACCCAAUCGGGUCUUCCAAGGGCUCAAGGCAGGCUCCAACCGACCGCCAGUUGGAUGGCCCAGUGUCCCUCUGUGA